AUGUUUGAUCUGUUUGGUCAAAUAAUACUUUUACUGGGAGUGGACAUAUCAAUGCUGCAAGGUUUUAUUUUUGGAUGCUUCUUUGCACUGAAUGCUUUAUUGAUCGCCACUGGUAUUUAUCUGGCAAGUCGAUACAGCAGUCUAAAUAAAAGUCAGAAGGAGCUGUCCACUAGGAUUGCAUCCAUCACUGAUCAGACAUGGGAGCAGUUAUGUCAGCUGCAAAUCAACGACACACAUGUAAGGAAGCUCAACAAAGAGCUUCAUAGGAGAAACAUGGAGGUGUGUGAACUGAAAAACACCAACUGCCACCUACAAAAGGAGAUGCAGGCUCUCAAACAACAGAUGCACAUAAAUCAAAAUCUCCGAGAAGAAAUCCAUAACCUCAAAGAGGACAUCAAUAUCUGCGUGAAGAGGGCCUUCCACUCAGCCACGGUCCGUCUAGAGCUUGUGGAAAUGUUGCAGGAAGUCUUGUGUGUGGUGCUAAAAAACUGUGAGGAUCAUGAUGAAUCCGAGGACAAUCCACCAUCUACCAUUUUACGCAGUAUGAAAGAGAACCCAGAAUUCAGAGCUGUGUUUGAAAAGUAUACAGUGGACAACGUGCUGGGGGGAGGUGGAUUUGGACAGGUGUGGGCAGCUCAAAGGAUUGAGAACAACUUAUUGGUUGCCAUCAAGUUUGCAACACCAAAACCUGAAAAGGUGAUGUAUAACAUGUCCAAUAAAGAAAUGCAGGUUAUGCCUUGGGAAGUAGGCCUCAUGCAGCUGGUCUCUUUUCCCGAGCACCCUGGUGUAAUCAAACUGUUGGAGUGGUUUACGGUGCCCACAAAAGAUGUCCUGGUUCUGGAGCUUGUGGAGGCAUCCAUGAAUCUCACUGACUAUAUGAAGAUCCAAGGUGGUCACUUGACGGAGGACCUAACAAAGAAUAUCCUAUCCCAGGUGGUUCAGGCAGUCCAGCAUAUCCAUUCCUGUUUGGUCUUCCACAGGGACCUGAAACCAGGAAACAUUUUGAUCCAGACCACCACAGGGAAAAUCAAACUUAUUGAUUUUGGCUGUGGCACCAUGCUGAAGAAGGGGAAGUAUCAGAGUUUUGAAGGUACAACCUUGUAUGCUCCUCCUGAGGUCUUCUCAUUGGAGUAUCAUGAAGCCAUCCCAACAACCUCGUGGUCCCUAGGAGUCACUCUCUUUGAACUGCUCUGUGGGCAGCUGCCAUUCCAGAAAGUAGGGGAGAUCCUCUGUGGUAGAUUCAUAUUUACUCAAGAUCUGUCUGAUGAAUGUCAAGAUCUUAUUGAGAGAUGCCUCUCCAUGAACCCAGAAGGACGGCCCACCCUAGAAGAGAUUCUGCUUCAUCCUUGGAUGAAAUAA